CGGAAGCGGGUGGGCGGUGCGGAAGGGAUGGCGGCCGUGGCUCUGCUGCUCUUGCUGUGUCUGGCUCGCUGUGUCCGCGGCUCCCCGGCCCCGGUACCGGCGGGGGCAGCCGGCCUGCGGGAGAUGCUGCAGGAGGUGGGCGAGUUGAUGGAGGACACUCGGCACAAGCUGCAGGGAGCGGCCCGGGAGAUGGACCUGGUGCCGGGGAGGACGACGUGGGAGCCGGAGCCCACCACGGUGGACCAGCGUGGGGAACUCGCCUCUCGCCCCGGGACGAGAGAGGCCGUCGGCAGCUGGCAGGAGGCCAGGAAGCAGUGUAUCGUGGAUGAGGACUGUGGGACAGACCGGUUCUGCCAGACCGACCUGUUGGAAUCCAAGUGCCUUCCACGGAGAGCAGGGGAAGAGAAUUGUACUCGGGACGCCCAGUGUAAGGGGGACCACUUGUGUAUCUGGGGAGAGUGCAGAAUGAAUGCAGUCAGGGGACAACUGGGCUCCAUCUGUGAGCACCAGCAGGACUGUGGUCCACACCUGUGCUGUGCCUUCCACACCGAUCUCCUGUUCCCUGUGUGCACCCUACUGGCCGAGAGGGAGCAGGCAUGUCAUGACCCUGCCCACCGUUUGUUGGACCUUGUCACUUGGGAAAUGGAGCCGGAUGGAGCUUUGGACAGGUGUCCCUGUGCCAGGGGAUUGCUGUGUCUGCCAGAAGGUAACACCUUGAUGUCUGUGUGCAAGGACCAGCAGCAGGCAGCAGUCACUAGGGACCUCUCUGACUACAUGGAAAUGGAAGACCUACCGCUCCUCAGUGUCGUUGUGCAUGAGGACCCCAGCGCUGGGGAAGGUUAUCACCACAUGACACCAGAUGAGAAAAAGGCUGAGAUUCAGACUGCAAUGAGUGCUAUGUUGGAUUCCACGAGGGACCUCUACGACUGGGAGAAUCCGGAAGGUGUCGCUGAAUAUGAGGUUGUGUUGGAGGCAGGAGAGGACACUCACAGCUAACCUUGCUUUCCAGUCCCUGCCUGCACACAGUCUGUCCAAACUCGGGGAAGCAAGGAGAACAGAAGCUCAUUGUUUUUAAUGCUCUGUUGAAAUAAAGUGUAGUUUUUUUUGGCAUUUUUAGUAACAUCUUUAGCUGUUAGCGAUCUGGUCUGCUCACAGUCAGUAAAUUAGGCUCCAAUUCAAAUUCUUUGACAUAACUUUGCUGGUUGUGGAUGGGUUGUCAGGUUGGAGCAGUACAGAUCAUCACUGCUGCAACCACACAGUCCACUCUGUUGGCUCCAGGUUUGUGUUUAGAACUGUCAGCAGUUAGUUGCAUGUUCUAAACAUAUUGUGUAACAAAUCUGUUAUCAAUAAAAGGAACAUCUUUCAGAAGUGA